AUGGCGACGGCGACGGCAGCGAUGACAAAUUCCUUCUUUCCACACAGUUCUGGCAACAAAAACAGCCGAAAGGUAGAGCUCCUAGACCUCAUACGCCAAUUCCCGGUGGUGUCCGUUCUUGUCCCUCAAAUGGGACUUGGCGAUAUCUUGAAUCUAUCGCGCGUCAACUCCCAUUAUAGGGCUGUUCUUCACGGAUUUGCGCUUCCAAUCUCGGGUCCGGGAGACGUCCACAAUCAGGGCAAAGGCCAGCGGCAACGCAUUAGGCCAGAUAUCCAUAUCGGAGAUCACCAGACCUUGUACUGGAAGCGCAUAAAGAAAAGCGGACAGCUCCUCUGCUCAGAGCCAACCCACACAAGAGGCCCGGCUCCACGGUUAUGCAAAUACUGCUCGUUGCCAGUCUGUGAAGCAUGCAUUGUCAAAGAAUCCUUCCGCCAAUCUACCUCAGCCUAUAAAAGCCGCACGCGCCCCUUAUGCAUCGACUGCUGGCUCUCCGGCAACCCCCACGACAGCCAGCGGCCAUCGGCAGCACCAGAUUUCGCCCAGGUGGCCAGCGCAUACUGCAACUGCACCGCCAAGGACGGCUGGAUGUGUUCGAAAUGUCGCGAGAUUCAGGUCCGAACGGGCCAGGAGCCGAUCCAGACGUGUAGUGGUGAGGGGUGUGCUAGGCCGCCGGGUGAGGACAAUGGCCGGAGAAGGAUCUGUCUCUGGUGUCAUCUGCCGCUUGUUGCGCGGCCGACUAUGGAGCAGUGGAGGGAAGGGUAUGCGGAGAGGAAUGCGCUUCCGGAGUAUGGGCGAUGGGGUGAACUGGGCAAUGGGGAAGGGAGAGAGGAAGAAAUAGGAGUGGAUCGCGAGGGGGAGGGGCGGGAUCGUUAUUGUGUGCCGAUGGAGAUUGAUGCCCCGCGUACUUACAUAGAUGCAUGUGAGAUGAGUAGUGAUUUUUAG